UGCACCGGUGCCCCGAAGUUCAGCGUAAUCGAAUCCGCCCAAUCAAUGUUGAGGGAAAGAAGGGAUACCUCCAAGCCAUCUUUCAUUCCGUCCAGUCAGAUUCUAUUUUACAUACUUAUCUUCAUUAUCGGAGCUGCUCCUGCUUGCGCUGAACAAAGAUAAUUACUCAGGAAACCCUUCGGCCAAUCGGAUGCGGUCUUACAUCCCGCCUGUGACAAAGGGGCCAGUCAGGGCCUGGCUACCAUCAGACAGGCCUGAUCGCCUUGCCUGAAGAACGGAGCCUUCCCCGGCUGAGAGUGUCCUCCAUGUUUUAUAAGUGUUGCCAUAACAGUGUGUCAGGCAGCCAUGCAUCCACAGAGUCUGGCUGAGGACGAGGUACAGACGGAGUCGGAUGUGGUAGAGGGGAUGGAUGUGGCACUGCGAUCCAAAGUGUCUGACCCCGGGUCAGCAGAGCGGGUGCUGGCGACUCAGAAGAGGAAGGUGUCCAGCCCAACCCACUCCUCCAACGGCCACUACCCCUCAGACACCUCCCCCAGCCCCUUGAAGAAGAAGAAGAAACCUGGAGCCGUCCACAGCAACAACAAAGACCAGUCAGAACUAAGACAUGGUCCCUUUUACUAUGUGAAGCAGUCAUCACUCACCACAGACCCUGUUGAUGUUGUCCCGCAGGACAGCAGGAAUGACUUCUACUGCUGGCUGUGCCACCGCGAGGGCCAGGUGCUCUGCUGUGAGCUCUGCCCGAGGGUGUACCACGCCAAGUGCCUCAAACUGCCAGCAGAGCCCGAGGGUGACUGGUUCUGUCCAGAGUGUGAGAAAAUCACAGUAGCAGAGUGCAUAGAGACACAGAGCAAGGCCAUGACUAUGCUAACGAUAGACCAGCUGUCCUACCUGCUGAAGUUUGCCCUCCAGAAGAUGAAACAGCCGGGGACUGAGCCCUUCUGGAAGCCUGUGGCUCUGGAGCAGCACCCUGACUAUGCUGAGUACAUAUACCACCCAAUGGACCUCGCAACACUAGAGAAGAAUAUGAAAAAGAAAAUGUAUGGCUGCACAGAAUCCUUUUUGGCUGACAUGAAAUGGAUCUUACACAACUGCAUCAUCUACAAUGGAGGAAAUCACAAACUAACAGCAACAGCAAAGGUUGUUGUGAAGAUCUGUGAACAUGAAGUGAAUGAAAUUGAGGUCUGUCCGGAGUGCUACCUGUCCUCGUGCCAAAAGAGGGACAACUGGUUUUGCGAGCCAUGUGGUCACCCACACCCCCUGGUAUGGGCAAAGUUGAAGGGCUUCCCCUUCUGGCCAGCCAAAGCACUACGGGAGAAGGAUGGACAGGUGGACGCACGCUUCUUCGGACAGCAUGACCGGGCGUGGGUUCCCAUUAACAAUUGCUACCUCAUUUCCAAGGAGAUUCCCUUCUCUGUGAAGAAGACCAAGAGCAUCUUCAACAGUGCCAUGCAGGAGAUGGAGGUCUAUGUGGAGAACAUCCGCAAGAAGUUUGGGGUGUUCAACUACGCCCCCUUCCGCACCCCCUAUACGCCCAACAACCAGCUUCAGAUGCUGCUGGACCCAGCCAACCCCGAGGCAGGGACCGUGAAGACGGAGAAACCUGACAAGAUGCGCUUCAACUUCGACAUGACCGCAUCUCCCAAGAUGCUCUUGGGCAAGAGCUCUCUGUCGAGCGGGAUGGGACGGAGGAUCUCUCUCACGGACAUGCCUCGCUCUCCCAUGAGCACCAACUCGUCUGUACACACAGGAUCUGACGUGGAGCAGGAUGGGAUGGAGAGAGGGCCUAGGAACCCCCCAUUCCACUACAGCGCUGGGGAGGAUUCUAUGGACUAUACCGCAUCCCCUGCCUCAGUGAAGAUGGGCUAUGCAGGCAGCAUGACGGGCAGCCCCAAGCCCUUCUCCCCUGGUCUGAUACCCAAACAGGAGAGGGCCCCAGGCACAGGCAGCAUCCUCAAUCUCAACCUGGAUCGUGUGAAGGCUGAGAUGGACCUGAAGGAGCUCAGUGAGACAGUACAGCAUCAACAACAACAACAGGGGUCAUCACUCCUCCUCACCACCCCCAAGAGACCCAUGAGGAGCCUGGACAAGACCAUCGAGAGCUGCAAGGCCCAACUAGGCAUUGAUGAGAUCUCUGAGGACGUAUAUAAGGGCGUGGAACACAGUGACUCUGAGGAUUCUGAAAAGUCAGACUCCAGCAACAGCGAGUACCUUAGCGAUGAGGAUCACAGACCGAAGAGCGCCGCCCAUGACAACAAGGACAAAGCAGAGAGGGAGUCUAGAAAGAGGCCCAAGGCAAGCACACCGGUAGAGGACAAGGGGGCAGUCACAGGGACCAGGGAUAAAAAAAACUCUGAAGCCCUGCUCAAAGACAGACAUGGCAGCAAUGGUCCAGAGAGAGAUUCCCGGGAGAAGCCCAUGACUCCCCAGACUCAGCCCCCCACAGACAGGCCCAAGGCCCUAGAGGUGGGUAGGGCAGGCGCACCCCGGACCCUUGCUGGCCCAGACCAGGACUCCGACUCAGAGAGGGAGCUGGUGAUUGACCUGGGGGAUGAGCAGGGGGGCAGAGACCGUAAGAGAGCCAGGAGGGAGCCAGGGGCUGUAGCCCCUAAGCCUACGAAGGAGCCCCCUGGCACCAAGCUGGAAGGUAAAGUCCCCACCGUAGGGACCCCCCCUCUAGCCUCCGCCACCUUGUCCAACCCCAAAGACCCCAGUCAGCCCCUCAUCAACCCCACACUCAACCUGUCCUCUAGCCAGCCCAACACGGCCUUCACCACCACCCCCCCUGCAGCUCCCACCCUAGCCACCACCCUCUCCUCCACAGCUGCCUCAGCCCAGUCGGCAGCGAAGAAACAGCGCCCCCUGCUGCCCAAAGAGACAGCUCAGGCAGUGCAGAGGGCAGUGGUGUGGAACCCCGCCAACAAGUUCCAGACAUCCUCCCAGAAGUGGCCCAUGCAGCAGGAGGAGCAGCCGGCUGGGCCAAACCAGACACAGGUUCCUGUUCCUGUCCAGGCUCCGACGCAGGCACAGACACGCAGCCCACAGCAGGUCCAGUCACAGCAGCAGUUGCAAGCAUCCUCCAGUACACGUUAUCAGACCAGACAGGCAGCAAAAGCCGUGCAGCCUAAAGAUGGUCCCCAGACCUCAACCUCAUCAGUUACCUUGGUCACCUCUGGUGCCUCCUCCACCUCUUCCUCCUCUUACCUGGCAGGAGACUUCCAGAUCCCCACAGCUUCAGCAGAUGUGGCAGCUGACAUCGCAAAGUACACCAGCAAAAUGAUGGACACGAUUAAAGGGACGAUGACAGAAAUCUACAACGACCUUUCCAAAAGCACUUCAGGAAACACAAUCGCAGAGAUCCGGCGGCUAAGAAUAGAGAUAGAGAAGCUUCAGUGGCUACAUCAGCAAGAGCUGUCGGAGAUGAAACACAAUCUUGAGCUGACUAUGGCAGAGAUGAGGCAGAGUCUGGAGCAGGAGAGGGAGCGUCUGGUGGCGGAGGUGAAGAAGCAGCUGGAGGUGGAGAAACUGCAGGCAGUGGAUGAGACCAAGAAGAAGCAGUGGUGUGCGAACUGCAGGAAGGAGGCCAUCUUCUACUGCUGCUGGAACACCAGCUACUGUGACUACCCCUGCCAGCAAGCCCACUGGCCAGAACACAUGAAGUCCUGCACACAGUCAGCAACAGCUUCUCAACAGGAACCAGAGGUGGAGUCAACCUCUGACCCCUCAGCCAAACCACCAGGUCCCUCUUCCAGCGACCAGCCCCCCUCUGGUACAGCAUCUGCCCCCACAGACAAAGGCUCCUCUCCUACCUGCAGCAUGGACAAGUGCAAGGACAGGGCCUCUGUUACUGUGCCCUAACCACUACACUGCACUCACACAUUUUUACUCUACAAUCCUACAUUCUGUUAAAUGUAUGGACCUGUCGGAAAGGGACUAGAGGAUAUGUACAAUAGACCAAAUCUCUCUGCGACCAACUAAUCUGGGAAUGUCGACGGAAUCUCAGUAUGACCACAGAGGCAAUUAAACCACCAAACACCCUCAACCUCUCCUAGUCAGGCUCAGGGCUUUUAAAUGCCAUGGACACUCUUUGCAUGAAGGCCUGCUCCUCUGUGAUUAAGCUGACUUGUCCCGUCUCGAUUUGUUCAAUGUCUGCUUUGUGAUCUGAUAUUUCAAGCCAUCUUUCAUCCUCCUCAAAGUCUGUGCCCUAGACUGAAGGAGUUACUUACCUUGUCCUUGUGACUGUAUUUCAUCUGGAUGUAAUACAUUUUCAUUACCUCUCUCCUCCUUUCAUCCCCAUUUGAUGUCCCUCUUACCACCUACCUUAACGAUAUAGGUAUCUACAGGAGAGCCCAUCAAAAGAUCAGACAUCAAAGUUUUCUGUAUUCUGACAGCACUCUUAAAGGAAAACUCCACCCAAAAACUAUCUUUUGGUAUUUGUUUCAUUAGCCCAUGGUUUAUAUAGUCCCAAAAUGAAUUGCAUGUCAGCAAUCAAGUUUAAGAUAUGUAAAUGUUAAAAUACAGAAAUACAGCCAGUAUGAUGCUGCAUAUUGCAUCAUUUGGGUGGAAUUUUCCUUUAGACAAUCUUAAACUGUGAUGCUGCUCUUUAAAAUAUACCCCAAGUCUUUAUGGUUAUUUGCCAACGGAAGUGAAACGGCACAUUAUUGUGCCAGCCAUUUUUGGGACACCCAAUAGAUUUAAAAUAUAAAUUCUACAUUGUCAAUACAGUUUAAAAUAUUUCAUAAUUUAGUAAAUUGUCAUGAAGUUAUCAAUCUCUCCCCCUGUGUGUGCAUUAUCGGUUCAUACUCAUAUUAUAUAGUAACUCAGUGUUUACAUAGAAUUUAACCAACUGUGAUGUAUAAAAAAAAAUAAAAAAAUGGCUAAAACUGUACAAUGUUUUUGUAAGAAGACACAUGGACAAUAUUUAUAGUGCUUACAACAAGCAUAUGAGGUUCUCUUUUUUAUAGCACUGUUUGUGAAUGUUCCAAAUGUCUUGAAACAGCUCGACUCUGGAAAACAGUUGUAUUUGAAAAUGCAUUAUAAGACUUCCUAUGAAUGUCACUAGGACCCUCUGUUCAGACUCUGUCAGAUCUAUUUCUCGCAUCUACCUUCGUUGUUGUGGUUACUUCGAACUAUGAUAAAGCGUGUUGGAGGGUAAAGGAAACUACAAAAGUUAUUAUUAUACUGAGCAUGUUUAUUUGUCCCCUUUUUUGUCUCACGUGCUCUUGUUUACAUAUUGUACAUACAGUAAAUGGAUUGUUAAUGUCUUAAAGAAAACAAUUAAAACAGGUCUGACCAACC